AUGGAGUCUGCAAGUCAUGAGAAAGUAGGGCUUUUAGCUAGUUGGUGGGUUCGGCUAACAGCCAUGCCUAAUAUGAUUGCUUGCAAAGUCUCUGAGAUCGCAAAGAACACCAAAAAGCUUGGGCAAGAUGACCCUAGAAGAGUUUUUCAUUCUCUUAAAGUUGGAUUUGCACUCACCUUGGUCUCAUUAUUCUACUACUACCAGCCACUUUAUGACAACUUUGGUGUCUCUGCAAUGUGGGCUGUCAUGACUGUCGUGGUUGUAUUUGAAUUCUCAGUAGGAGCUACUCUUGGAAAAGGUUUAAACAGAGCAUUGGCAACACUGCUAGCUGGUGCUCUUGGCAUUGGAGCUCAUCACCUAGCUAGCCUAUCUGGGCAGAUAGGUGAGCCCAUAGUAAUUGGGUUCUUUGUCUUCCUACAAGCUGCGACAUCAACAUUUAUACGGUUUUUUCCCCAAAUCAAGGCACGAUAUGACUAUGGCUUGUUGAUCUUUAUAUUGACAUUCUCUUUGAUAUCUGUGUCUGGACUUCGGGACGAUGAAAUAUUGGAGUUGGCCCACAAAAGGCUGGCAACCAUUUUUAUUGGUGGCUCUGCCUGUGUGAUCAUUUCCAUAGUGGUUUGCCCUGUAUGGGCUGGCGAAGAUCUUCACAAACUCAUAGCUGCCAACAUUGAAAAUCUAGGAAGUUUCUUAGAAGGAUUUGGAGAUGAAUACUUCAAAACGUUAGAGGAUGCAGAGUCCAAAGAUGACAAGGCAUUUCUGCAAGCUUAUAAAAGUGCUCUCAAUUCUAAAAGCAGUGAAGAAUCCUUGGCUAAUUUUGCAAGAUGGGAGCCUGGACAUGGCCGUUUCCAUUUUUGUCAUCCAUGGAAGCAAUACCUCAAAGUUGCAACUUUAACUCGACAAUGUGCCUACCGGAUUGAAGCACUUCAUAGCCGCCUCACUGCUGACAACAAAGUCUCACCAGAAAUUCUUAAUAUAAUUCAAGAAUCAUGCACAAAACUGAGCUUGGAGACUGGCAAAGCACUGAAGGAACUUGCAGCAGCUUUCAAGGAAAUGACCAAAUCACCCUCUCCUGAAACCCACAUGGCUAAGGCAAAGGCUGCAGCCAAGUCCCUCAGAUCCUUACUUAAAUCUGGGCUGUGGGAAGACACAGAGCUCUUAGAAGUGAUGCCAGCAGCAACAGUUGGUUCACUUCUGCUGGAUGCUGUCAACUGCAGUGAGAAAAUUAUUGAGUCUGUUAAUGAACUUGCCUUUCUUGCAAAUUUUAAGACUGUUGAAGCCACAGUGUCACUAGAAAAAUCACAGUUGGGAAAACUUGACACCAAAGAAAAAAAUCCCAACAUGGAUGUUGUUGUUACAAUUGCAGAGGCACCAUCAGUUUUACCAGAAAAUGCGAUAAAAGUUGGUAGUCAACGAGUGGAAGUGUAA